UUUUGAGGAAAUUCGCCUGCUGACCCAAAAAGGCCUUAAUAUUGGCAGCAAACAAUAUCAAGUUGAAUGUUGAAGAUUGGCCAAUUGAAAAUUGUUGUGGGAAUAAAGAAGAAGAAGGAACUGAGAGAAAAGGAUGCAUAAGGAAACCACUUCUGUCCAUUCCAUUCACUUCUGUAGUUGCUGAUACCCUGCACAUGUUUCUUAGAAUCAUGGGCUUACUUUUUGGACAGGUUAUUGACAAAGUCGUAAACGAGGACAAAAAAGAGCAGCUUGUGAAUGAAAUGGACAGAAUUGGAAUUCCUUUCAAAUUUUAUGAUGUCAGAGGUGAAAACUGUGAAGAUGGAGAAACAAAGUUUACAAAGCUAGAUGGAAACGAUUUGAGAAAAGUUCUCAACUUGCUUGAUGUGAAGAAAGUGCUGGAAGGUAUUCUAUCAGUGAAUACACAGGAUGUUGAAAUGCUUUGGAAGGGCUUUCAGAUGUUGCUGGAUUCGAUUUCAUCAAAUCCUGGUGAUCCUCAUUUUCUUCAGCCAGAGGAGUUCAAGAGAAGAGCUAGAGAAUGGGGCCAUCUCUAUCUGUAUGUUAAUUAUCCAGAAGACCUCACACCAUACAUCCAUGCUUUUGUUUAUCAUGUUCCCCAAUUCAUGGCCAAGUAUUCAUGUAUCAAGCCAUUCAGUUGCCGCCAGCCCGUAGAGAAAAAAAACAUGUCCAAAACCAGGUGUUCCACAGGGCUUCACAGAAGGGUGGACGAGGAUCAGAGUACUCAGUACAGAUCUUGGAAAGAGAGAACCGGUCCUUGGUUGCCAAGAAGAUGGAUCUCGUUAGAGAGAAAAGAGAAUAUCGAAAACAUCAUGUUAUUGCUCAAAUUCAUCAAGAAGAAGAUGUAG